AUUCGUCGUUGUUCUAGAUAAUUUGUGUAACAAUACCGGAAAAUCUAGAAAAUAAUCUAAAUCAAUCUAAAUCUAAAAAAUCAAUCAGUGACUAGGCAGUCAUAUGGCAACAAAUUAUUCUUAUUUGUGCAGUGAUCAAUAAUUCAUCUUAGAAAUCACAUAACAAUCUCUUUCUCUCUAAGAUCUCAUUAGUUUGAUAGUCAUUUUGAACAGAGAUGCAAUGAAAUCUGUCGCCCUUUUCGCAUCUGCAAUCGCUUGCAUUCUAUUUCUAGUUUUUGUUCAAAAUAUAACAAAAGGUGAAAAUCUAGCAUUGGGUCUUCAAAGAGAGUUCGAUUUCGAGUUUGGGAACUUAAUCGAGCAUAACGCGUCAUAUCUGACAGACGCUAGAGUGGUGCGCUCCCUUGUUGUGGAAAGUGGACUGGCUUGCUUGUUUGAAUGCCUUUGGAACAAGGAGUGUUUCUCGGUGAAUGUCGAGGCUGGAAUCUGCAAUUCGUCCAACUCGUCCAGUGGCCAGCGGUGCUGGUGCGAGCAUUUAUCCACUGACCGUCGCAGCCUCAACUUCGACAAACUUCAGAAGAACUUGAAAAGUCUGCAUUAUGAGUUUAAGAGUCCCUGUGACGUCACACAAUGUCCCAUCGACCGCCGGUGUCGUCCUUCUCACCAUAACAACAGUUAUACCUGCGUGCCCUGUGAUCAUCUCUACAUGGGCAAAGACUGCACAGAGAAAACCUUUGCUCUAGGCAUGGAAACAGGCGCUAUCCCUAAUGCUCAAAUCAGGGCAUCUAGCAAAACAGUUUAUUACGAUGCUAAUUUCGCACGCCUGAUGAGACAGGGCCUUUAUUACUCUUGCUGGCAGGCUGCUUCUUUUGAUCUCCAGCCGUGGCUUGAGAUAGACCUCGGGCGACUUAUGAUAGUGAGCCAAGUGGGCACGCAGGGGAGACCACACUAUGGCUUUUUUGUCAGACAAUAUGCCAUAAAAUACUCUCUGGACGGUACUGCCUGGACAGUGUACCAGGAGGGAGGUGUUGACAAGGUGUUUAAUGCAAACCUCAACAACAACAUAAUUGUGUACAAUCGCUUUACUCCUGCACUGAGAGCAAAGUUCAUCCGCUUCUACCCAAAGACCUGGAGUUACAUAUGUGCAUUGCGUGUGGAGCUAUAUGGCAAAGGCAUCAUAUAAAGUAGAAAUGUCAAGUCCUGUAAGAUGCAUGAUUUUGCUGUUUUAUCUAUUUAUCUGCAGGAGCUCUUUUUUAAAAGGAUACAUAUGACAUGAAGACUAACUAAGCAUGAAAAAUGCAUAUAUCCUGUACUUAACUUUACAGUGAGGACACAGAAAGUGGGCAAUGCUGAACAACUUUGACUAAUCAGAAUCAGCUUGAGCACCGUAAACAUUUUGACGUAUGUGUAGUCAACCGUUUUCGUCUGUUGAUUGAGCAUGGAAACACCCUAACCUGAUUGGCUUGAACUUAUUUUUCAAAAUGUUUACGGUGUUCAAGCCGAAUCUGAUUGGUCACAGUUGUUCAGGAUUGCCCCGCUUUCUGUGUCCUCACUGUAAUAAUUGUCCAUACAAGAACUAGACCCAUUGUCCUGCAGCAAAAGUUUAAUCAUAGCUUUCCCCAAAUAGGAUCUUUUUUCUACUAAGCAUGCAGGCAGCACAUAUAAAUGGUAGUAAGAUUUUAAAGAAAUUGCCUAAACGUGUCCAUCCCUAUAUAUUUCAUGGUUAUUUUCUGUGGUAAACCAAUUGGAAGCCAGAACGAUAGCUUUUAUUUGCCUUAUAUUUACAAGGUCCCCGAAUCAAAUUUACCUAAAAGCUUUAUCACACAAAAUAAUUACCUCUAAAACUAAAAUCUUCAAAAAUGUAAUGCAUGAUGUACAUACAGUAGCAGAUGCUCAGUUAUAAAUAAAGUGCAUGCUCUUAGCCAAUCACAAACCUGAUAGAAGGCCAGACAUAAAAUUAUCUAUUAUUGA